GGCAAUCUUGGCAGAGGCAUAUCACACACACUAACAUCUACACCCAAACAUUCCUUCCCAAAGGGUUUAAGCUUUUCUUAUUCACAAACCACUGCCAAAAACUCUCACCUUCUAAAAUUUCCCAUCUUUCCCUAAUCUUAAUAAACACCAAAAAAAUGGCCUCAUUUACAGCCGCCAGAUCCAUUUUCCGGUCAUCCGCCGCCCGUAACGCGGCGGCCCGCCUUGCUUCUCAAUCCAAAUCCAAACCUAAAGCCCCCCCCUUUAGCCUCAACUCCACUGCCAACAAACCCGUUCUCAGGAGGAGUCCAGUGGAAAUGAGCUUUGCUGUUGAAUCAAUGAUGCCUUACCAUACAGUGACUGCUUCUGCUUUGAUGACUUCAAUGCUCUCCAUUUCUCGCUGCGGUUAUGGCUGGCUUCCUGAAGGAGCAUAAUGGUAGCUUGACCUAGAUUCAGCCAAUAGGGGCAAACACGGUGGAUGUAUUACAUGGAUGUUCUGACAACUUUGCAUUGGUUUUUUUUGGACAAAUUAACAAAUGGAUGGCAUGGCAGCUAUUACGGUGGUCUGGUUGUUUUAUUGUAGUAUUAUGUUUUUUUCAAAAAAAUAAAAAUCCCUCUGAAUUUUUUUUCUUUUGGAGUUAUAUUGACAAUUAUUUAGAGAGAAAUUUAACUUGCUAAAUUGUACUAUCAGUGUCCGAUGGAAUGGUUGAGCUGGGAUUGGUGGUUAGUGGCAAGAAGAUGGAUGUGAAUCAUUGUUGUUUCCAGACCAUAUAUUGUCCGUGUUUCUUAGAACUAUAUAUUGCCUAUAAAGAAUCCUUUUGAUAA